AUGACGAAGUAGAGAAAGAGAAAGAAUGUGUGGCAGAGAAUGUCUGAAUGUCUGAUGGCGUAAUUUUUUGUGCGUUCGUCCGUACAUAAUCACGCGCAAGCAGUCAAGUGCAUGAAGAUCUCUCACUCUUUAUUAUCACUGACAAUGUUAUCACCUCUCCAUCUAUUGCCUCCUUUCGCAGCAUAAACCUUUCUUUCUUACUUUCCUCUUCCUCGUCGCUUCGUCAAUUCCAAUCUUUUAGUCUCAUUUUUUUUCUCUCUUCUGUUGGUUUCUUUCGCCUAUUCAUUCUCCGGUUCAGACCAUGUGCUGUUUAUCCUAUGACCCCUUCUUCCCUCGUCUUUAGGUUCGCCCUGAGCUUCCUCUCUGCCCCUUUAGCUCUUCGUUAAUUCGUCCUGUUUCCUACUCUUCUUGUUAUAUUCUUUUCUCGUCUUUUCUUUCUAUUCUGCUAUCUUCUCUUUUCUCGACUUUUCUUUUCUGUUACCUUCUUUCUUUUCUCGUCUUCGCCCCUUCUUUUUUUUAUUUUUUCUUCUCUUCAUUUUGUCUUUUCUUCUUCCCCUUUCUUCUCUCUUUCUAUAUUCUUUCCUAUUCUUCCUUCCUCUUUUCUCCUUACUUAAUCACAUCUCGUUAAUUAUGACGAACAGACUACUCGGUCUACGACCUGCAAACAUUCUGCACAUGAUUCUCUCUAUAUUUUUCUUUAUAUAUAUAUGUCUCACCAACAUACUGUUUAACCUACAUUUGUGAAUGUACCGUGAUUCAUUUUUUAUCACUCCUGUCUAAGUUAUGUCAAAAAGAAAUAGGCUAACUGGAUAACCUUCAAAAUCCUCAAAAUCUGAAAUAGGUUCCCAAACUUAUCUUCCUCAGAUUCAGUAACAAGCUAAACUUCCCGACUUAAAGAUUCGUCUUUUUUGCCUUUUUUUUUACAAAAUUUCAGUCACUUCCUCAUUCUUCUCCUUUCGUAACCUAGCGCUGGGCCUGGGGUUGGUUGUCGCUUGCCUGAGUUUGUUCUCGGCUUUCGGAGGCGAUCCGGAGGAGGGAGAGGGGGAAGGAGGAUUGAAAGACGACCCUCCCUGGCCCCCAAACCCUUUCUUGCACGACCCGCUUGCCUUCGAGGACUUCAAGGGUGAGGGGGAGGGCGAGGCGUUCGUAACGGAGGCGGAGGAGCUGGAGGAAUCUGCGAGUUCUCAGGAAUACCACGACCUCCUGGUGAGCAGUUCCUCGCCGAAUAGCCUCCUCGAGCGCCUCCUGCCCGGCGACCCUCCGCUCAGGACGCUAUGGACGCUCAACAUGUCGCGCCCGGCCGUCCCCAAUCUCUUCUGCAUCGUCACCAAAACGCAGCCAAAAUACCAGCUCUGCCCCCACACGGCCGAGUCCGACCGCUACAUCUCGGCCCAGCUCCUGACGGACGGCACUUGGGAGCCGCACAUCCUGUCCCUCUUCCGUUCAGCGCUCAAAUAUUACCCUUCUUGCACAGUGAUAGACUUAGGUGCUCACGUAGGCGUAUAUACCCUCCUGGCGGGCGCUGUGGGCGUGCCGGCCAUUGCUGUGGAACCCGUGUGGGCGUCUGCUCUGAGGAUCCAUGCGGGGGCGCGGGCGGGCAGAGUGGAAGACAAAAUCACCAUUCUGUUGCACGCCGCCGCCCACACUCGCGUCAGAGCGAAGCUGAGAUAUAAACGUGGGAACUUGGGCGGAACAUCUGUACAAGAAGUAGCUUUUGCAGAAUAUGAGAAGAUCAAGAAGAGGAGACCGAGGGAUGUCGUCACAACGGUCAACCUCAACGACCUCGCGCCCUUUAUUAACACGUCGAUGGUCGUUAUCAAGAUUGAUAUUGAGGGGUGGGAGUGCCAGGCCAUCCUCGGCGGCACGGGCUUCCUCGGGUCCCACUUCGCCCCCUACGUCUUCAUGGAGUGGGCGGUCGUGUCCAACAACCGCCAUAAGUACCACGCCCCCUGCCGCCCCGCCCACUUGCAGAGAAUGGUCCAGUGGUUCGCCUCGAGAGGCUAUCACGCCCACAUCUCUAAAUCGGGCGUGGAGCUGAACCCCGCCCGCUUAGAGACGUGGCGGGCGGGAGACAUCUACUGGAGGCAUCGCACGGCGCCCAGGCUGCAGCACGGGUAGGGGGUUCGGGCCUUCUUGAUUUAGACCUUUCCCCUCUUUCGUUCAUGCUUUAUUUUCAUUGCUUCUCACUUGUUUUUCAUUGUUUGGAUUAAUGCAACAGGGUUAUCAGUCUCUGAUUUUAUUACUCGGUCUUUCUAUUACGCUUAACAAGGUGCGUACAUUGCUUGUCGUCUUUACCUUUCUUUAACUUCUUAAAUAUAACUUCUUAACAUUCUUAAUAAUCAUUAAUUCAAGUCUAGUCCGUUGGUUUAACAGGCAUUAUCUCCGGCUGUGUAAACAAAGAGGCCUUGGUGUAUUCUAGGCCUACCUGCUCUAUUAUUAGGUGCGUUUCAACCUUAUCUUAAAUUAGUGAUUUAUGUCUAAAAGCGAAGGAAAUUCACCUACAGUGUGAAGAAGAAGAAUUGUAAUAAAUAACAGCGUGACAUGAAUAGCAAUAGAUGACGUAAGUUUAUAAAAAAUGAAUAAAAAAAAGUACCAGUUAAAUCGUAAAUGUAUUGAUAUUUUUUAAUAAUCAAAACGAUGGAAUUAUGUAUAUAUAUAUGAGAAAAUUACUUGAUAUACUUACAGUGAAGUAUAUAAUGAUUAAGGCCAUAAAAUGAAAAAUGGUAAUAAUAGUAAUAAUUAGUUUAAUAAUAAUGGCGAACGAUGAGUAUUUUUUAAUACAUCAUCAGCAAUACUAUCAUGUGUAAUAGUAGAGAUAAUGAUGUAUUUUCUCAUUGUCCUUAUCAUUAUUAUUAUUAUUAUUGCUACUACUACUCUGCUCAGUACUUGGGUAUUUCGUUGUAGAUAUCUUUAUAAGCGUUUUCUUUCCUCGUAAGAAUAUAACGUCAGAAUAUCAAGAGGAUUUAUGCUUUACUUUCACAACACUAAAUACAUAACAAAACUUUACUUAUUGCCUACAACUACAUGAACACAGAUAAAUAUUUAUAUUUUGAAUAUAAUGGAACUGUAUUCCGAGAACAGUAAAAUAUGAAAUGAUAGUCUGUAGUCGUAAGCAUAAAUAGAAUCUGCACAUACGGUAUGUAAGUGUCCACGUGUAUAAAUGUAUUAUAUAUUUGUUUUGUUAUUUAUUCUUAAAUGUAUUUGUUGGUGAAGUUUUUUAUUUGUUUUGUUCUUUUGUGCACAAUUUUAUAUAUGAGCUUAUUUUUUCACUGCAAAAUACCAAAGUAAGUUACCAUAGCAAAUUGACGUAAAACAUUUUAACUUCUGGGUUUAUACGAGACAUUAGCUGUAUAAUUAUGUCUAAAUGGUCUGUCCUGUAGUGUUCACUCUGAUAAUAUUGUUGUAUAAAACUGUCUUCCCGUGAUUUGACCUUCCAACAAAAGCGGCUUACAUUCCAGUAACACGGUGAAAAUAAAUAUGGUUAGUA